UAACUAAUGACCCUAAUGGGUUUCCGUAAUUGUUCUCUCUGCUAUUCCUUCCGGAAGAAACACAGUACUUGAUAAAGGGUGGAAUAUAGCACCAGAGAACCAAACGCAUAGCUUUCAGUUUUAGUAGUUUUGCUUGUCUACGGAGAUUUCUCGCCUUUCCAUGCUGUUUUGCCGGGUUUCGGCAGUAAGCCAGACACUAGUGAGAUGGGGACGGAGAUCCCACCGGGGAGGCGGUCUCCUCCGUGGUGCUGUCUCCUUCAGCUCCAGCCGAUGUCACGGCAGCGCUCAGCCCACAGAGACGGACUCUGCUCAGGGACUGUACCGAGACACCGUGCUCCUUCCCCGGACUGACUUCCCAAUGAAACUGAGCGGACAGAAGCUGCUGGACCGAGAACUCGAGAUACAGAAGGAGUGUGGAUUUGCAGAUCUGUACUCCUGGCAGAGAGAGAGGAAGGCCAAGAGGGAGUUCUGCCUUCACGACGGGCCCCCAUAUGCCAAUGGAGACGCUCACGUAGGACAUGCACUCAAUAAGAUCCUGAAGGACAUCCGUAACCGUUUUGAGAUGCUGAGGGGGCGGCAGGUCCACUUCAUCCCAGGCUGGGACUGCCACGGCCUGCCUAUCGAGCUGAAGGCUCUGGGAGAGCUGGGGACCAGUGGCCUCAGUCCACUACAGAUCAGACAGAAAGCACGGGAGUUUGCAGAGGGCGCCAUAGCUCGUCAGAAGGCUGCUUUCCAGCGCUGGGGGGUGAUUGCUGACUGGGACCACUGCUACUACACCUAUGAUGCGGCCUAUGAGGCUGCUCAGCUGAAUGUUUUCCAGGAAAUGCACAGCAAGGGGCUCAUCUACCAGGACUAUAAACCAGUCUUCUGGUCUCCUUCAUCAAGAACGGCCUUAGCAGAGGCUGAGCUGGAGUACAACCCUGAUCAUGUGAGCAGAGCCAUCUAUGCCACGUUUCCUCUGACUACACUGCCGCCGAAGAUGGCCUCAGAAAAAGCAGGCUUGGAGGGAGUCUCUGUGCUGGUGUGGACCACCCAGCCUUGGACCAUUCCUGCCAACCAGGCUGUCUGCUACAUGCCCAGUUCCCAGUACUCGGUGGUGAAGAGGGCGGACAACUCCCAGCUGCUCCUGGUGGCCACUGAUCGCGCAGCUAGCAUUGCAGCACUGCUGGGCACAGAGCUGCAGAGUGUAGGCACCUUCACAGGCUCCCAACUUGAAGGUGGGCUCUGCAAACAUCCCACAAUUCCUGACAAGGAAGUGCCCCUGUUGCCAGCCAAUCAUGUGACGAUGGCAAAAGGAACAGGAUUGGUCCACACAGCGCCAGCUCAUGGCAUGGACGACUACAGUGUGGCUUCACAGUUUAAACUGUCUGUGGAGUGCACGGUGGAUGAGGACGGCAAGUUCAAUGAGCUGGCUGGUCCUGAGCUCCACAGUCUGUCUGUGAUGACAGAAGGCACUGAUAAAGUGAUUUCCAUGCUGAAGGAGUGUGGGGCUCUGGUGAAAGAGGAGCAGUGCGUUCACAGCUAUCCAUACGACUGGAGGACCAAACAGCCCGUUGUCAUCAGGCCCAGUAAACAGUGGUUCAUCAACACAGCAUCACUCAAAGACAAAGCCAAAGAGGCGCUGCAGAAGGUGCGUGUUUUGCCAGAGUCGGCGAGGAGCAGCCUGCUGGCCAUGCUGGACAAGCGGACGUACUGGUGCAUCUCCAGGCAGCGAAGCUGGGGCGUCCCAAUCCCAGUCUUCUAUCACAGAGAGACUGGGGAGGCUCUCAUCAACAAGCACACAGUGUCCCACAUAGCAGAGCUCUUCAAAGAAAAGGGCUGUGACUGUUGGUGGGAGCUUCCUGUUGAGGCUCUGCUGCCACCAGAGGUGCUCAAGAAGAGUAACGCAGGUCCAGUGACUGACUACAUCCGUGGAGAGGAUGUGCUGGACAUCUGGUUUGACAGCGGAGCAUCAUGGGCAGCUGUACUCGGAGAGCCGGACCCCAGGGCAGAUGUCUACGUGGAGGGAAAGGACCAGCUCGGAGGCUGGUUUCAGUCAUCCCUGCUCACCAGCGUAGCCGUCAGAAACAAGGCACCUUACAAGUCUCUGGUGGUCCAUGGCUUUGCUGUCAGUGAGCAUGGAGAGAAGAUGUCCAAGUCUCUGGGCAAUGUUGUGGAUCCUGAUACAGUCAUUAAUGGAGGGAAGGACCCCAGUAUGCCAGCGUACGGUGCAGAUGUACUGCGUUGGUGGGUGGCAGAGUCGAAUGUCUUCUCUGAGGUUCAGAUUGGGCCCACUGCACUCAACUCAGCCAGAGACAGCAUCUCCAAGUUGAGGAACACUCUGAAGUUCCUGCUUGGCAACCUGCAGGGCUUCGACCCGCGGGCUCAGGCCGUGGACCCCAAACAGAUGCACUACAUCGAUCAGUACAUGUUGCACUUGCUCCGAGAGUUCAGCAUCAAGGUGACAGAUGCCUACAGUGAGUUUGAUGCCAGCAGGGUCAUCCGUAUCCUCCAGGCCUUCAUCUCCAGAGACCUCUCCAGCUUUUACUUCAGCAUCAUCAAAGACAGGUUGUACUGCGAUUCAGAGGAUUCGCUGGGCAGAAGAUCAUGUCAGACGGCUUUGGAAGAAAUUCUGGACGGAGUGACCAGGUCCAUAGCUCCUGUCCUGCCACACGUAGCUGAAGAGGUCUAUCUAUAUGCCCCAGGACAUGACAAAGGGGAGACGUUAUUCAAAAGUGGCUGGAUCAAAAGCAGUUCUGUGUGGCGGCGACCAGGAUUAGAGGAGGCUGUGGAAGGGGCGUGUGCCAUCAGGGACUCCUUCCUGUCUUCCAUUCCAGGCAAAAACGCCGCCCAGUAUGACCUCACUAUUGCCAUUGAACCUGGUCUGCUGUUUGAACUGAUGGAGUCUCUCCAAGAGGAACCCACCUCCACCUCCUCCCAGCUGGCAGAGCUGAUGAUGGCAGCGCGUGUCAACCUGACCAGUGAGCUGCCCCGCGACCUGCCCCCCGACACCCUGCUGAGCCACGGCACCUUCCUCAUCAACCUGGAGGGUGGUGUUAUCCGUGAGGACAGUGCCUACAGUUUAGCGGUGGUGCCCACCUCUGCUGCCCGGUGCCCACGGUGCCGGCGCUACACUGCUGAGUCGGCAGAUUGCCUGUGCCCACGCUGCCAGACUGUUGUUUCACAGGCUUAGUGACAGGCCAGACCUCCUGUCACCAUGAUGGCCAGCAAACAUCACCAAGACUGUGCUGUGUUUGGGUGAAGUUGCCUUUGAGGACAGGCCAGAUUUUACUUCCUUGUCGCUAUCAGGUGAGAGACUAAACUGACUCAGCUAUUGCCUCGGUCAGAUUGUUGUCACUUUGGCCCCUACCAGCGAGGAGAAACUGCAGCUUGAUGCAGGGUUGGCACUGAGAAGAAACUGCCUAACAGCAGAUCAUCACACUUGCUGUAUGUCUGCUUCUGUUUGUUAUGUAUUUAGACGCCUGGCUUUAACAGCAGAGCUGACUGUGAACUCUAAAAUCCAAAAUAUCCAAAUGGCCUAGUCACUUGGCUUGAACGUUCCGGUUAAAAAUUUGAGUUUGAUACCACCGCAAAAGCUGAUGCAGCAUGGGCAAGACUGUUUAGUGUGUGUGUGUAUAUAUUUAUAUAUAUUAUCAAUCCACACACACAGAGAAGGAUUUUUUUUUAAAUGUAUGGAAAGGGAAUUUACUACAGUGGGUGACACUAGAUCAUCUAUAGUCCAGAAAGAUGACAGGGGAAACGUUUGUAUGAUAAAUCCUGUUCCUUGUGAAAAUCCCUGGUAAACUGAAGCUAUCCAGAAGAAAUGUCUGAGUUAUAAAUAAAUGCCAUUUUAUCC